CCCUCCGCCUCCGCUCCGGGGCCAGCGCUGAUCCCGCCCCGUGUCAGGCACGGCAGCAGCGCAGCUCCCCCGGCUCCGGGCAGGAUUCAGGAUUGAGGAUUCAGGAUUCAGGAUUGAGGACUGAGGAUUCUGCUGCUGCUGCCGCUGCUGCUGCUGCCAGCGGCUCCGCAUGGGAAAUGCAGGGGCGCGGAGCGGAGCGCGGGUGACUGCGCUGCCCCGGGACCGCCGGGCUCUGCCGCCGGGGCCAUGAAUCCCCCUGCUCGCACUGCCCCCGGCUCUGCGGCCGCUCGCCGGCUCCAGAGAUGACUUUGAGCUGACUCGCCGAGGGACACAACCCCAGCUUGCUAUGGAGGAUGAUUUUUAAGAUGAAUACCUACCUUGGUGAUAAAUCCAAUACAUCUAUACCGGGAUAUGUCAAAGGCUCUGCACUAAAUUAUGGCAAUUUUUCUGCAAACAACUCCAACGAGACAGGAAGCAACCUGGAUUCACCUGCCUUGGCCACCAGCAGGGCGAUCAUUGUGGGGCUGAUCCUCGGUGCCUUUAUUCUCUUUGCUAUCAUAGGUAAUAUCCUGGUAAUUCUCUCAGUGGCUUGCAACAGACAUUUAAGAAUCCCUACGAACUAUUUCAUCGUUAACCUGGCCAUAGCAGACCUGCUGCUGAGUUUCACCGUCCUGCCGUUCUCUGCCACGCUGGAAGUGCUGGGCUACUGGGUUUUGGGGAGGAUCUUCUGUGACAUCUGGGCAGCGGUGGAUGUGCUGUGCUGCACAGCCUCCAUUCUGAGCCUGUGCGCCAUCUCCAUAGACAGGUACAUCGGGGUGCGCUACUCGCUGCAGUACCCCACGCUGGUCACCAGGAGAAGGGCGAUCCUGGCUCUGCUGGGGGUCUGGCUCCUGUCCAUGGUGAUUUCCAUCGGGCCCCUGCUGGGCUGGAAGGAGCCGGCCCCGCAGGACGACAGGGAGUGCCGCAUCACCGAGGAGCCCUUCUACGCCCUCUUCUCCUCCCUGGGCUCCUUUUACAUCCCGUUAAUCGUCAUCCUCGUCAUGUAUUGCCGGGUCUACAUCGUGGCCAAAAGGACUACCAGGAACCUGGAGGCUGGGGUCAUGAAGGAAAUGUCCAACUCCAAGGAGCUGACCUUACGGAUUCAUUACAAGCACGAGGACACCUUAAACAACACCAGAUCCAAGGGUCACAAUCCCAGGAACUCCUUAGCUUUCAAACUUUUAAAGUUCUCCAGAGAAAAGAAGGCGGCCAAGACGUUGGGAAUUGUGGUGGGCAUGUUUAUCCUGUGCUGGCUCCCCUUCUUCAUCGUCCUGCCACUCGGAUCCCUGUUUUCAGCUCUGAAGCCACCUGAAACGAUCUUCAAGGUGAUAUUUUGGCUUGGCUACUUCAACAGCUGCUUGAAUCCCAUCAUCUACCCCUGCUCCAGCAAGGAGUUCAAGAGAGCUUUCAUCCAGAUCCUGAGGUGCCAGUGCCACCGGCGCAAGCAGCUGGGCUGGUGGCCCUACAGCUACAGGAACUGGAGGCGCUGCUCCCUGGAGCAGGGCAGGAGGGACUCCCUGGAAGACAGCGGCAGCUUCCUGAGCGGCAGCCAGAGGACCUUGUCCUCGGCCUCGCCCAGCCCUGGCUACGUCAGCAGGAUCAGCCAGCCACAGCUGGAGCUGUGCACGCUGCAGGGCUGCAGCAACUGCAGCUCCCUGCUCAGCCCAGCCCGCCAGCCCAGCGGGCAGCAGGGCCACUGCCAGUUCUUCACCUUCCAGCUGCUGCCCCAGCACAAUGGGCACGGCCCUGCUGCCAGCCAGGGCUCUGGCUGUGAGCCCACGGGCACCCCCUGAGGGCACUGCCUGGAGGGCAGCUCCCCUGGGAUCAGCCAUCCUGAGAGCUCUGUGCCCCUGGACACUGCCCUGCUCCUGCCAGGCACAGGGAGCAAUGGAACCACGCUCGGGGCCUCAGGAGAGCAGGGAGGGACAGGAGGCUUGGUGUCACAGCAGUGCCCACAGCAGGGACUGCCCACAUUGCCAAAUAAUUCCCAGAGAAACUACUGAGGCUGAGCAGAGGGCAGGGAGGGUGCUGCACACAGCCAGGGGAGGGAACGAGGGAUUCCUCAGGUGUCCUGGCAGAGCUGGACAGCCACACACACCUGGGGUGGACAGGGGUGCCCAGCUGGGCCAGGGUGGGGAGGGAUGGAUGGAUGGA